ACAAGCAUGGGCACCAGCGUUGCUGCGCGUCAGGUUCUUCGGUGGACUGUAAAAAAUGCCACCUCCUCUGUAUGCAGUCCACUCCAGUUUUGGAUUAGCCCCCUGCAUCCAUUUUGCACCCAGUGUAGAUUGUUCUGUUCAUCCAGCAGCACUCUGCUGUCAGCGCAACGCAGCCAUGAUGCAGCUCCUCUUUGCAGCAAGCCGGUCACAGAGCUGUCCCUGCGCUCUUUAGCUAAUAUGGGAUUCACAGACAUCCAAGCAGAGCAGAUAUAUGACUCUGUGUCCAAAGCCAGAGGGGGAAGUACUGCCAAACAUGUUCUGUCAACUCUCACAGCUCUGUUUUCCAUGGGCCUCAACCCCUCCAGUGUGCUGAAACUGCUGGAGAAAUGUCCCGAACUUUACACUGUCAAGGAGCCACAGCUUCAGCAGCGCAUAGACAACCUGCGGAAACUAGGUUUAGUUGAAGGCAGUCUACAGAGAACGGUGUCUCAUCACCCUCAGAUCCUGACUGUGCCUGUGAAGACAAUAAAAAAUGUGGUGGUGUUCCUCAGAGAGAAUUGCCUGUUUACAACACAUCAGAUCACAGACAUCCUCAGAGAUAGUCCGGCCACACUGCAAGAAAACCUCGAUCAGCUGGAGUACAAGUUUCAGUACGUCUACUUCAGAAUGGGAAUCAAACAGACAGAGAUGCUGAAAACCAGGUUAUUCCGUUUCACUCUGGAUGAGGUGCGCUGUCGACACACUUUUCUGGAGCGCAGGGGCUUGUAUCAAACCCCAGACAAGAAAGGACAGACAGCCGUCAUCAACCCCAAACUGGACAGUGUCCUUAACAUUGACCUGGACACCUUCCUCUCAAAUGUUGCCAAGGCAUCAGCGGAGGAGUAUGAUGUGUUUCAGAGAUUGAUGGCGAGAGAAUGGCAGGAACAGGAGCAUUAUGGCAAAAUCGAAGCUGAUAGUGAUGACAAGGAAGAAGAGGAUGAUGACGAGGAAGAGGAGACUAGAGGCAAGAGUGGCUACAGCAAGAGAAAAAAUAAAUGACAGUGAGGGAAGGACUGAAAGAACUGCGAAUAAUUUAAAAAGCAAAUUAUAUGAUUACAGAACUGACAAAAGGUAUCAAUUGAUUGUUUGUUGAACUAAGGUUUGUCAUUGGGAACCAUAGACAAUUCUUAUCUAAAACACAACAAAAGUAUUACCUGGCUUGUCCUCCAUGAACUGUGUGAACCCUAGCUGGUGUGAAGUUGAUUUCUGUGUUUAUGUAAAUGGCCUCAUGCGGAAGUGAGAUGCAGUAACGUCCAUGUUACAGCUCUCAGAUGUGAACAUGGUGAAUAAUGUAUCCCAUAUAUUCUCUUAACAGCCCAAAAAACACUUUCCUUAAAGUGAUCUGGACCUGAAAGUAAUUUCAUGGGCUUAACUGUGUUGAUGCUUGAUGUACUGGCAUUAAAAGGAAAUGUGAAAGUAAUCAGUGUAACCUAGAUGGUUUUCAAAUAAAU